AUGGUGAAGAAAGUGUUUACAUCUUCCCCUCGAUUGAAGAAAGAGGAAACGGCAACUUUGGUAUCUGCUAGUGGUGCUACCCCUAGUAGUACUGGAUUGUAUGGUCGAUUGAAGGUGUUGGUGGGAAUCAUCUUGGUGGGCUGCCUGGUCUUGUUGGUCUGGGAAUCGCUCGAAUGGGAUCAGGAAUCUGGAGAAGUGCAGCUCAAGAUACACACUGGAAUCACUGGUAGUAAUGGUAUAGAUUCAAGUGGCAGCGGCAGCGGCAGCGGGACUGGUACCAAUGACGCUGCAAGUGCUAGCAUUGGCACUGCCAGUGACGCUGCCAGUGACACUCAAGAACAAGCCACUAGCAAGCCUGAACCUGCCAAGCCUCAACCAGCCAAGCCUGAAGCCCCCAAGACCACUCCAGCCCCUACUGAACCAGCUUCACCCAAGCCUGGACCAGCCAAAAUGACUCCUGAAAACCAAUCAUCCAAUAAAAAUUGUCAAGAACAAUGCACUGCCAGUGCCAAGGACAAAACAAAAUUUGAGGGACUAGAUCUCACACAGGCCAAAAACAUGUUGGCACGCCUCCAACAAUUCCGUCAGCAAUGGAUUGACCAAAAACUCAAGACCGAUUAUGGAAAGUACUAUCAAGACAUUUUUGAACCACUGGACGAAGAAAAUGGACAACGAGUUCAUGUCGGCAAUCAGCGGGCAUUUAAAGAUCCUAACAAGCUACAUGCACCGUCCGGAUACACCAUUGAUGACGAGUCCACACCUUCAGUAGCAUGGCAACGAAUGAUUCGAAAAUACCAAAUCAAAUUGCUCCAAGUACAACUCGCCAUGAUUGCCCAACAACUCAAUCCACAAGAGUACUGUCAACAACAAACAACUUGCUCGUCUUCUUCAUCGUCGUGGAGCUACGCCAAAUUCGUCUGGGUCUGUGGAGGACAUUCCGCAUCCGCCGGACACGGAAAUUUCUAUCACGAAUCCUACACGGCCAAUUUGGGACGAGAUUUACAACCUAUACUACGAGAAAUUGGACUUGAUUGGCAAGUCAAAAACUAUGCCAUGGGGGGCACCGCAUCGGGAGAAGAAGUCGCACUCUGCUUUAAUAGUCUCUUUGGAAGGGACGUCGACAGCAUUUCCUGGGAUUUUGGAAUGACGGAUGGAGGUGACCACUACAAAAUUGCAUUGUAUGCGUACAGAGCAGCAAGACUCGCAUUGGUAGAGGAUAGUGUCUCGCAGCCGGGGAAUGUGCGACAUAGACCGUCCCUCAUUGCCAUUCACCAAAAUGAAAACGAACACAACAUUGUACUCCGAAAUAUGCAAAUGAAUGGCAUGACGGUCCUGGGCAUGGAUCUACGAUACGAACGGGAAAAGAUAUAUCCAGGGUUCCCGGACAUGUUUGGCAUGAACGAUGCGCAGAUCAAUGACCUCCCACUUUACGUCAAAUACUUCAAAUGCGAGGAAAAGGUCGAGUCGGGGGACCCGGGAUGUGGGGACGACAAAUUCAAUAAAACCAUGUGCAACAACCGACAUGCCAGGACAUCGUGGCAUCCAGGCUGGAAGUACCAUGCGCUGGUGGGUCACAUGAUGGCCUUUACCGUCCUACAGGUGAUUACGGAGGCAUUGGAAGAUCUCGUCCAACAGGAACCAACCACACCAGAAACAUUGGAACAGAAGCAGACUCGACUACAAGCUCUGCUCCAAAAGCUAGAUGCAGCCGAACAAGCGGACUACGAAAACAUCUUUCAGCAACCCGUGCCCGAAGUAGUACUGAAUUACUUCAACCUCUUGUGGAAGGGGGAUCACAAGGAAGAGAAUAAGAACGCCAUGCAGCACCUUCCGUUGCAAACGCUCAUCAAAGAACCCACGUUCUGUCACACAGCCAUGCUACCUGCAGAGAUUCGCUUUCAGGGACUCUUGACGGAGAACCCCAAUAAGGUAGGCAACGUAGUCGACCAGAACUAUGAAUUUGGAGCGUUUCAGACUAAGGUGGUAGCCGUAGAAUCCCCAGAUCCCAACUCGGGCAAGGUACCGAAUGCCUUCCCAAACAUCCGGCAACCGGGGUACAUGGUCAUUGGCAUGAAGGAUGACGAACACCAGGUCUGUGAUGAACUCAUCAACGCUGAUUACAAGGAUUACUUCUUGAUCACCAGCCAGGAAUCCUGGCGCAUCGUACCUUUCCCUAAUCCAUCUGAGCAAAAGCACUACACGGAGUUUGACACCAAAAAGACUCACGGGUGGAUCUUCAUCUGUAUGGCAAAAUGCGAUUGGGGACACUGCCCAAAUGGUGACAUCCAAAAGAAUGUAUGGGAGCUGUCCACAGACCCGGUGUUUGGGAUGAUCGAGAUGGAGGUCAAUCUAGUCAAAGUUACCGGAGUGAACUGCAUGAAUGACUGCUGUGCAUUGAAGCAUUCUCGGGCAGACGAACAUGAGCAACAAUACGUCUGGCCUCCUCGACCUGGGGGCGACUAUGAAUUUCGAGCAAGAAUCAUCAACAACAAACAGUGGAGCUAUGCCCGGUUCAGUUCCUUCAUAAUCUUGUAG